UCUAGGAGUUGCCAGAAGAUCACAGCGCAAUCGCUCAGUCUUGCCAAGACGCUGCGGAGCUACUGCGAAAUAGACAAACAUUUUCCGCUUUCCGCGCCUGCAACAAGAAAAUAUGGGUGGGUGCAGUCGAACACUUCCUGGUUUCAACACCUGUUUCCCCCGACUUUGCCAUCGCCCGCCACGUCGUGAUUCUGGACACCUCACUCGUCUGCUACAUAGGAUAUAUCCAUCUUCAUCAGCCUAUAUCACUAGUCUCAUCACUCGUUCAAUCCUAGUGGACAAGUUUGUAAAGUUGCUGUAACCGCGCACAGGGUAUAGGACGUUGUUAGCUGCAUUUGGGUGAAACCAUCAGUAGAAGGGGGUUUUAGUCUUCGUCGCCUUUAGACAUGGAGAAGAUUAAGAACAGGCUUUACAGCCACAAGGAUGAGCAAGCUCACUCUACCAACACUAGCACCACUAUGGGUCACACCAGAAAGUCUCCUCACAAUGCCAUAAGCACCACGGUUGCGCCUGGAUACGAUGCUACGAGCACCACUGUCGCCCCUGGUCACGAGCAAGGAACCACUGGUUACCACGAGAAGAAGGGAUUUCUCGGAAUGUGUGGUGGUCACAAGAUAAGUGCAAUUUUUGGAGGAAGGUUCGAUAUCAGCGUACUUUGUGUGAAGGAGAUGACGGGAAGAAAGGUGGCGGCCAAGUAAGCUCAAGCUCAUCCAGCUCCAGCAGCUCGGAUGAAGAGGAGGAAGCGCGCGAGAGGAACAUUCUCCGUCGUCAGAGGCGUGCAGAGCGCCAACAGCACAAGGCAGGCCUGUGUGGAACUGUCGAAACCACUGGAGUGGCUCCGGGAAUGACCGGCUCUACUGCUGCACCAGUUGGACAUGGGAAGAAACACGGGUGUUUUUGAAGAGAUGCUGGAACAUAGUAGAACGUAUACAUAGUGGACUGAAGUAAGCACUAGAAGGUGAAUAGUGUGAGGGUUUAUUGUGCCAAAAGCGUCGUCAUUAUAUUCGUACAUUGUCGAUUCUACUAGUUGUAUAGCAAGUGAUGCUCACGAUAUGAUCGAAGUAGUAUUCCUUGGAGUGUUCAUGUAAAUUGGAACAAAGUAUAAUGGUAAGGAUCACGGGCUUACAGAGAC